AAACCCAGAAACAGCUUGCCCAAUAGUCAAGAGCUAAGGUGAUUUAUCUCCUUGAUAAAACAUUCUGCAGCUGUAAAACAUUUUAACAGUGUAGACAGUGUAGCAAUAUGGAAAAGUGCUGGUGAUACUGAAAGAGCAGACUGGAGAUACUGUCCUUAUGGUGCUGUUAAGGAGUCAAAUACUUAAUGGCGCAAGGUGUCACAGGGUAAAAGUUAAAAUAACUGAAAUGAACUAAGAGAGGCUUGUAAAUUUAUGUGUGACAUGGAGGCCUGGAUAGGUCAACAAAGAAUUCCAGAGUAGGCAGGAACUGAGCUGUCCUGGAAGAAUGGGCAGAAUUUCAUGUACAGGACACAGAAGGAAGCUCUACUUGUGAUGGGAAGGACACCCAGAGAAGAGCUAGAAGAGUCAGGAGAAGAGGUUAUGUUAAGACAAGAUCAUCAACAGGUUCUCGAGGAGAACCCUGAAUGCCAGGCUGUGUUGUCUGAACUUUGCGCUGUAAGUUUUUUGAACAGGGAGAAAGCCACAUUUGGGGGAAAACUGGAAGCAUGGGAUACUGUUAAAAGGCGGUAAUCUCUCAGGAGAUGAGGGGCUGAGUUUUGGGACAAAUGUGAGAACCAGAAGCAAAGGUCUGACACAAGGAAUAUUUUGAAUGUUGCAGCAACUCUUCGUCUUUCUAACUCACAUGGCUUCUCCCUGCUCCCUCAUCUCUUCUCCAAGUCUUUUCUUACUGACUGCUAUGGGCCACCAACUUCUACUGACCUAGAGCUCUCAUCAGUUCUUCCCAUCCCCUUAACAGAUGCCUGGCCGCGCCCCCAGGCCCUCCUCUGGACGCGGCAGCCUGGAAGGAGGCAUUUGCUGGGAAACAAUGACUAGAACAGAAAAGGGAAAGACCAUUCUUCCACACCGUUUCCGUCAGUCACUCCUCCCACGGCUGGGAUGGGGCAUGAUUUUCUCCAGUGUAAAACCAAGAAACAAAAAGGAAUGCACCUCCGUUUCCGGUGUGCCUCCAGUCUUCCACUUCAGCCCACAGCACUGUGCAUACCUCAAGAACAAAUACCUGAACAACGCCGGUGCAAACCUGACGUUUUCUCAGGAGGUGGUGUGGCAGCGAGGGCUGCCCAGCGUCCCUUACAGCCAGUACAGCUUUGACCAUCUCUACGACGCCAGUGGCAUCAUUCAGCCUCGCCAGGUCAGGAAGGCCCGGCCUGAGAAGAAGCCCGUCUACCUCAAGGUCUCAGAUUCUCCAGGUCCCCCAACAAAGGUCACCUCCCCGGCUGAGAACACGGAAAGCUAUGCCAAUCUUACAAAACUGAAGAAGUCAAAGCCAGCUAGUGCAGGCCAGGAGGCAUCUAGCCCCCUCAGUCUUCAUCCAAGUGGGGAGCUGGACAUGCUGGACCUGUCACUUGCUCCAGAAGUGAACCUGGAGGAGAGGGAAACCUGGCUUCCACCUCCUGAGAAGGAGGCCAGAGCCUGGGAGGCCGUGGUGCUGGAAAAGCUGAACAAGCGCACUGCCCGAUGGAUCCAGAGCAAGCGUCCUCCAAGGCCAGGGGUGUCCGCCAGUAAGUGGCAGAGCUUCUUGCGCCAGCAGUACGACUGGAGCCACAUCCGUGAUGAGCUCACUUCCUCCAGUGACCUGGACCUCUUGAAACAGCUGGAGGAAGAAGAGACGGCAGAAUUUGAGGGUCGAAGUGUCAUCCUGCCCACCCAGGAGGAAAAGAAGCCAGAGCUGCUGGUUCCUGUCUAUUAUCGACUGCCAAAUUACUUGCCGCAAGGGCAGACAGCUGAAACCAUGCCUGGCACGAAUAAGACAGCUGAGGAAAUAGAUGAAAAGGGGAGCGUCUACAAGUCCCCAAGCCAGAGCCACGUUCGACAGGUGAAUCCCCGAGCUGGAAAGUUUGCUUACUCCACAGACAACACCUUUGAACAGGAGAUUUAUUUCGAUGAAGUCCAGAUCGUUCACCAGAUUGGUGCAAAGAGAGACCAAAUUCUCCUGGAAAAUCUCAAUCGGUACAUCAAGCAGUUAUCUAAGGUCUUCCCUGAAACCCCAGAAAGGUGGACUUCUCAGCCAGUUCCUGAAUCAACCUGCAAGCCUGUGAAAGGAGCCAUGCGCUGGACAGCUUUGCCCACACCGGUCAAGGAUCUGCUGCUGAAGGUGGGUGAGAAGGACGUGUCUGUGAAGACCAGGAAACUGAAGAAGCAAGCAGAGUCACUGAAGGAGAAUGUGUCUUGGGAACUGGUGGUCCUGCGAAGGAUGCUGCAGGAAUGGAAGAUGGCCUGGGCUCUAAUCAUCGAGUGGCACCAUAAGACUGUCGAGGGCCUGCUGCAGAGCUUGGUGGACAUCCAUGAUGACGUCCGGAUCCAAGCCAUCGUCACUUGUGCCACAGCUGCUUUAGAACGGCCCCGUGCUGCCAUCAGUCAAGGGGACUCCGACAAGGAAGCUAUGAAAGCCUUACCUAUUCAGGACUUGCCAGAGGUUCUACAGCCCCCGCUAAUGGCUGCUCUUUGUGACAAGAAUGCCAAUGUGCGGAUGGCCGCAGCAGUAUGCCAAUAUGCCAUACAGUCACAUAAUCCUCUUGCCCAGGAAAUCAUGCAGACUGUCCUUCUGAAGGGGAAUACCGUGGACAGCUGGGCUGCAGCUCAGUGCCUGGCUCUGGAAGGUGCUGCCACUUACCCCGUGAUUAAGAGGAUCCUCCACCAGCUGUUUCAUAAGAAGAAUGAGGACACCGAGCAACAGUCUUGUACGCUCCUGCGCCAUCUCAGUGGAAAGACAACCCUGAUACAUACCAUGCUUGCUGUGGAGCUGAAUAGCCAUCAGUGGAAAGACCGCAUUGUGGCCUGCCGGGCUCUCUCCCGGAUCGGUGGAAAUGUGAGUUUGGAUAUGAAACAUAAGUUGAUCCAGCUGAUGUCGAGUGACUGGAAUAAGAAAGUGAGACAAGCAGCUGCCCAAGCUCUGGGGCAAAUGAACCUUGGAAAAGAGGUGCACGACACAAUCAGAAUCAAGCUGGGUCAAGGAAAUUUCCAGGAGCGUGUGGAAGCCCUCUACCUGAUUUGUGGGCUCAAGCUUAUGACCGCCAAGCUUCUCCCAAGCUUUCUGAACUGCUUCUCUGAUGACUUCAUGGCAGUUCGGCGGGCAGCUUGUUUGGCAGCUGGUGCCCUGCAGAUCCGUGAUAAUAUGAUUCAAACACUAAGCCAAAAGGAACUGUUGAUACAGAAAGUAUUCAAGAUUGAGGCAGCCGUAAGAAAAGCGAAGGAGGAAGCAAAACGUGUUUAUGUGCAACCCAAAGAAGGGCAAAAACCACUGAAGCUCCAUACUUUUCUCCAAGAAAAUUUUCAGAGUAGGUUUUCUAGGAAUGAGUCCUAUGCCUUGAUUCCCUUAACAAGCCUUUUCAGGACUGGCGGUCUGGGGACUUAGUUGUGAGCCCUGUAGGAUGAGAGCCAGGAAAGGAUACUUCUCUUUCUUCUUGGCCACCAUCUCAGUCUGUUAUCUUUUCCUUGCCCCUUGGGUUUUGAUUUUGCUAUCUGAUCCCUUUAGAAAAAUGAAUGAUGUAGCUCUGAACCAAUUUGAAAGUGAGGUUAAAAAAAAAAGGACACCUUAGAAAAACAAAAAAACUGCUGUAUGUCUGGCUAAGCACUCGGAAAAAGCCUCGAAGCUUAAACUUGAAUAGGCUGAGAUGUACUCUCAUGUAUAUCUAGGCUUUUGCAACUUAAAAAAGACUUCAUCAAGUUCUCAACUUUAUAUAACUGAAACUUAGCACUCAUGGCAAAAUGAUCUUAAAAGUUCCAGAUACAACCUAAAAUGAUGAGGUGGAGACAUCAAGCUGUACCAAAACAUAAAAUCAAGUGUGCCCAGGCAUAGCAGCAGCAGCCUCAGGUCAUUCAGCCAGCUAGCUGCCCACCAGCCACCACACCAAACCCAGGUUUUCUGGUUCCAAGUCCAGUGCUCCCUCUGGUACACCAGGCUCUCUUCCACCAACCAUGAGAAUAUUCAUUUGCCAGAUUUGGGGAAGUUUCUUUCAACUACCAGAAAAAAAUAAAAGAGUAGAAAGUAACUUGAACAGCAGCGUUCCCUCACGGCCAGCCUGCUACAAGCUGGCUGACUGUGGCUUAUGACAGCACAGCUAGUGACAUGCUGCCUGUUUUAGCAGCAGCGCCAGCCACUGAUGCAAGCAAGCACUGAGCAAAAACAUAAUACCCUUUAAAAAACAUAAUAUACUCAUAACUUUCCUAAUAGGAUUGUGCUGUUUCGGGUUCAAGGAGCAUGAUUAAAAUGAAUCAAUUACCUCUAGGGUUGCAAAAUUGGUCCCAAUCCUACAUC